UUUGAAACAUCUCUUUUUACAGUAAGAAAGAGGAGCCAACAUGGAUAUCCAUAUGGAGCAGUAUCCCGAACCUAGCAUCCCCAGUAAUCUCAAGUCGAAGGCAGAAGCGAUUGAGACUCGUGGAGAGAAUCCUUCAAUCUCAGCCUCAUGGACAACUAGUAUAUCUAACUUUCUACUUCGGUGCUUUCCCCGUUAUGCAGACCCAUCAGUUCAACUAGGUCUAGUCGCAUUCAUCAGUUUCCUCUGCCCUGGGAUGUGGAACGCUUUGAACGGGCUGGGCGGCGGAGGACUAGUAAAAGCCGAGCCAGCGAACAACGCAAAUGUAGCACUCUACAGCACGUUUGCUGUGUUUGGUUUCUUUGCUGGCAUUGCCACCAACAAAUUGGGAACCAGAGCCACACUGAGCCUUGGUGGACUUGGAUACACCAUCUACACUUCAAGUUUGCUCUGCUACAAACAUACUGAAAACUCGGGAUUCCUGAUAUUCGCUGGACUGCAGCUGGGACUAUGUGCUGGCCUGUUCUGGGUGGCUCAGGGGAUGGUUAUGCUCUCCUACCCUACUGAGGAGUCCAAAGGAAAAUACAUCGCCUGGUCCUGGAUGAUAUACAACAUGGGCGCUGUGAUAGGCAGUGUGAUCGCACUUGCCCAGAACAUGCAUUCUGAAACCAACGAUAUCAAGGACGUCACAUUCUACGUUCUCAUAUCUUUAUCGUUGCUAGGAACCGUACUAUCCCUCCUACUCUGCGAAGCCAAACACGUCAAAAGAUCCGAUGGCUCGCGGGUAGUGCUUCCGCAAACCCCGACCUGGAAAAGCGAGGUAUUAGGUCUGCUUGAAACACUCAAGCACGACACCUAUAUCCUACUGUUAUUUCCAAUGUUCUUCACGUCCAACCUCUUCUACCCGUAUCAGUUCAAUACCUUCAAUCUUGCAACAUUCAAUAUCCGCACAAGGUCGUUGAAUAAUACUUUGUAUUGGCUUGCUGAGAUCGCAGGGUCUUAUCUUGCGGGAUAUACACUGGACUCGCCCCGUGUACGACGAUCUCUACGGGCGAGGGUUGCUAUGGGAGUACUGUUGCUUUUAGUAUUCGUGGUAUGGACUGGUGCAUUUAUGUGGCAAAGGAAUGAAUCCGAGAGUGUUGUCGGAGGUUCUGUCAAGAAAGACUACACCGAUGCUGGUUACGUGGGCCCGAUGUUUCUUUAUCUUUCUUUUGGACUAUUUGCCGCUGUAUGGCAAACCACUAUUUACUGGUUUCUUGGUGCCUUGACAAACGAUAGCCGGAAGCUCGCCAACUUUGCAGGCUUUUAUAAAGGCAUACAAUCAGCAGGGGGAGCUGUUAGUUUCCGUGUCAAUACACUGGCGAUUUCUUCUGUCAAUGAGCUGGUGAUGUGUUGGGCUCUGCUUGCUACGUCUUUGCUCAUUGCUGUACCAGCUGUCGUCAGAAAGGUUCAGGAUAAGGUUGACUAGUGCCUCAUAGAUCGUGUUAGCCACGAUGGUUCAUUGUAGCCUUUUGGGUGUUCUGGCCCAGAUUUC